GGCUCUUCUUUUUCUUCUGUGCAACACUGAAGAUGAUCCCUCUCGGCGGUGCAACGGACGGAGCGACGGCUCUCCCUGCCCUCUCUGUCCUGGACGAGAAGGACGAUGGCCUGCCCAGCCCGAUCUUGGACGAGAAGGCGUCCGUGAAAAGCUCCACUGAUGGCCAACCGCUCGACAAUGUCGGCGAUGUCUACGACGACGUUCGUGUGAUCGACCUCGGCUCUGACGGGAAGGAACGUCCCAUCGAAACCGCUUCGGACUGGUCACUGCGUCUCAUCUCGCUCGACGAUGAUCCGACCCUGCCGGUGUGGACAUUCCGGCUCUGGUUCCUCGCCGUCGGUCUCUCCUGCUUCGGUGCGGUCUUGUCGGAGAUCUUCGCGUUCAGACCGCAGUCCGUCUACGUCAGCCAACUUUUCCUGCAGACAGCGGCGUAUAUCCUCGGAAGAGUACUCGAGGAAAUCAUCCCUGGUCCCGGAAAUGCGCGAUUCAAGACUCGUGACAAUGUGUUCACCCGUUUUAUGAAUCCAGGGCCAUUCGAUAUCAAGGAGCACGUCGGCAUCCUGAUUAUGUCCGCUGCCGCAACACACGGAGCGCUUGCCAUCAACAUAUUUGCUGCGAACGACUUAUUCUACGGAAUCAAGUCGAACACAGCUGUCGCUAUCUUCACGCUUCUCGGCAGCCAGCUCCUUGGAUAUGGUCUUGCAGGAAUGAUGCGCAGCUUCCUCGUCUACCCGACGUACUGCGUCUUCCCCAACUUGAUCCCUACAGUACAGAUGUUCGAUGUUCUUCACCGUGGGCACGGCAACUUCCUUCAAAUGAAGCGCGUCAAGUUCUUCUGGACGCUUUUCAUCGGCAUAUUCUUUUGGCAAUGGAUUCCGGAGUACAUCGCACCCCUCCUCACCGGAUUCUCGGUCUUCUGUCUGGCGAGGAGAAAUUCGGCGUGGGUAACGCGCCUCUUCGGCGGCGCUGCAGGAAACGAAGGUCUUGGCCUAUUCUCCCUAUGCUUUGACUGGAAUUACGUCGGCUCUGGAGGUUCGGCCUACGGCGCUCUCUUCCAACCCUUGGCCACUCAGCUUUCCCUGUUCGGUGGUGUCUUCAUUUGCAUUAUCAGCUUCAUUGGCGUCUAUGCGAACAAUGUGUGGAAUGCUCAGAACUUUCCCUUCAUGUCGCAACUCCUGUUCUACCAGAACGGCACGGAGUACGACCAGCUGCUCAUCCUCAACCAUGACUACUCCCUGAACGAGGAUAAGCUUGCGGUUCAAGGCCUUCCGUGGUUCGCUGCUACCCAGACCGUGGCCAAAAUCGGCGCCAGUCUGUCCUUCGGCGCCACCAUCACUCACAUGAUUCUUUGGAACGGUAAGCAAGUCUGGGAUGCCGUGAAGACGAGUCGACAGGGCGCUAUCAAGGACGCGCAUUACGAGAAGAUGAAGGUGUACAAAGAGGUUCCGCAGUGGUGGUACGUUGGGAUGUUCGUCAGCUCCCUCGCCAUGGCCCUGGCCACGAACUACACGUCCGACUCCGGUCUUCCUUGGUGGGCUUUCUUCAUCGCUGUCGGAUUUGCGGCGAUCUUCCUUCCCAUCAUCUCGACCCUCUACGCCAUUCUCUGUUACGUGCCUGGUACGGAGGACGUUGCGCGGAUGCUCGGCGCCGCCCUUGUCCCUGGCAAGCCUCACGCAAACAUGUACUUCACCUUGUACGCGUACAACUCGACCGAGCAAGGACGCUCGAUGACACGAGACCUCAAGAUGGGACAAUACACGAAGCUGCCACCCCGUGUGACGUUCACAAUGCAAUGUCUUGGCGCAGUCAUUGGCGCUCUCCUCAACUAUGUGAUCAUGCGCGUGGUCAUCUCAGAUAACCGCCAGAUCUUGUUGAGUGUCCAAGGUUCGAAUGUUUGGUCCGGCGCCACCAUACAGUCAUUCAACAGCGACGCAAUUGCCUGGGGUGCUCUUGCGAAGCAACUCUACUCUCCCAGUGGGCGCUAUGGGAUUGUCCCUCUAUCAAUCCUAAUUGGCCUCGCUGUCCCGAUUCCUCUCUGGUGGUUGCACAAGCGUUUCCCCAAAUGGCACCUCGACAGCGUCAUCACUCCUAUGAUCCUCUCUGAGAUUGGCGCCCUUUCUGGCGGCAUCAACUCGUCGGUAUUCGUCACGUUCCUACUCUGCCUCUUCAGCCAGUUCUACCUCCGCAAGUACCGCGCCGGUUGGUUCAGGAAAUACAACUUCUUGAUGUCGGCUGCGCUGGACGGCGGAACCGAAGUCAUGGUGUUCGUCUACAGCUUCGCCGUUGGCGGUGCGGGCGGACGGGUGGUCAACUUCCCGAACUGGGCUCUCAACCCGAUAGGAAACCCGGAUUACUGCAAGAGGCUCACCUAAAAGAAGGCCUUGCAUCUCGUCGCGCCAAAUUGCGUCAAGAUUUUGUUUGGCUCUGGUGGGAUUUACAGGCUGUGCUCCGGCUCGGUCUGUUACUAUAAUCUCUUUCUAGUAAGUAUGUCGGUGAAUAUUCACGUUAUUCGUUCAUACGGGAGUUGCUCGGGAGUAAACGUGUUCUCGGGGAGUUCCCAUUCCCACGGUAGGCUUCAUCUUCGCAAAUUCCGCACAGCCACGCCCGAUGCUACGCCUCUCCCGUGCCCAUGGCCAUCCGCCACUCCGGCUUCGUGCAGUUAACAAUGCCCUGACCCGGACCUGCGUGCGCCGCACACUCUUUUCAAAGCAGCCGCUACCCCCUCCAGACGAAUGGAAGCCGCUCCAGGACGACGACCCGAACCGGCCGCUGAGUUGGCGGUUCAAGCUCGUCUACACCGCCGCCAUGGCCGGCGCGCUCGCGCUCUUCGCGUACGAGGUAUCCAAGCCCAAAGACAAGUUUUCCGGGCGCCCGACGGUCCCGGACUUGCCUAUGAUGCCGAACCACUUCGUCGAGACCGUCGUGCUCGCGUCGACCGAGACCGGCCCGGACACGCGCCUCAUCACGCUCGCCGUCCCGCCCAAGCUGCUCCCUCCGCAAGAGCCGACGGAGAUCAUCACAGAGAAGCAGGCGAAAUACACUCAGGAUACCGUCGGAACGCCGGUGUGGAGUUUGUAUGCUAAGAACCCGGAUAUUCAGAUCGAGAGGCCGUAUACGCCGUUGGAGGGGAUCAGCCCCGUGGACGGCCGGAUGACGUUUUGGGUGAAGCGGUACAGGGACGGUGAGAUGGGGAGGUGGUUGUGUGCGCGCGAGUUUGGGGAUAAGGUCGAGGUGCGCGGGCCGGUGAAGACGUGGCCGUGGCAGGAGGACGAGUGGGACGAGGUGAUCAUGAUAUCGGGUGGAACGGGUAUUACGCCCUUCUACCAGCUGCUGCACCAUACCCUUUUCUCUCCUCCGCCUCAUCCUGCGGCGACUUCGGACUCUUCUCCGGCCAAACGUCCCCACUUCACCCUGCUGCACGCCUCUUCCUCGCCGUCCGCCCUUCCUCCUCCAGUUCUUCUGAACAAGCUCCUCACACAUGCGCGUCAGCGCCCGGACGAGCUCACGCUCAACCUCUUCGUCGACCAGCUCGACUCCACCACCGCCCGCCCGAGCAUCGCGUUCCCGCACCCAUCGUCAUCUCGCUCCAUCCCAAGCGACGCGAGCCUCUCGUACAUCAACGUCGCAGCCCCGAGCCUCGUGACCCCGCCGAUCGACGCGAAACGCGAUAAAGUCGCGUACCAUCCCGUAACGGUGGGGAGGAUCGGCAAGGACGCGAUCGAGCGGACGGUGGAGGACCGGCUCGGACUCGGGCUCGGGUGGUGGCAGCGACUGUUCGGUCCCGUCGUGUCCAAUUCGUCAGAGGCGAAGAAAAGGGAAAAGAAGAUCCUGUUCCUCGUCUGCGGACCUGACGAGAUGAUAAAAGACCUCGCUGGACCGCGCGGGCGAAACCUUUCUCAGGGCAAAAUUGGCGGUGCCCUCGGAGAGCUGGGAUACACGAAAGAGCAGGUGUAUAAGCUCUGGUCCUGAGCCUGGUUGAUGUAACAGCCGGUUAUUCACGCUUGGGUCCAUCGGUUUUCUUCUCGAUGCUAUUUGUACCUUCACCACCAUUCUAUCGACCUUCACUCAUCUGACAUUAUAUAUGCGCGUCGUAUACACCAGCUUCGCGAACUCGUCCUCUUCAGGAUUGGCUGCUUUGUUAUAACAGAUUCGUGCUGCUAUUGCAAGGCCC